AUGCUCCAUGACCAGGAUGGCUUUGUCCGCCUGCCGCAUGAGCAGCUGAUCUAUACAUCUCCACCUCGCACCAGCCUCGCGCUACAGCCGCUGAGCUCAUCUGGAGGCAAAAACUCAUUUUCCAUCCAAAGCAGUGCUGGUCAAAUUUUUUUGACAAACCAACGGGUUGUCUAUAUCCCGACACAGAAAUCGCAGACAUUUCAGUCGUUCUCUGCGCCGCUGCUAAAUGUUCAUGAUACCCACGUCACUGCUCCGUUCUUUGGGCCAAAUGCCUGGAUCGCCCUGGUCCAGCCCGUGUCGGGAGGCGGGAUCCCUCCAUCCUUGCCUGCAGUACAGGUCAAGGUGACUUUCAAAGAAGGAGGCGCAUUCGACUUCCAUAAUCAUUUCGAACGAAUCAAGGAGCGUCUACAGCAGGCGGUCGAGAACUCGCAAGCAAGCAGUCGCGGAGCCAGGAACGUUGACCUCUCCACGAUUCAUUUGGACGAGCUGCCAGCCUAUUCUGGCCCCACGAACAAUGGUGCUGGGGGAGGUCAAGCCAGCCAGGACCAAUGCAUGAGUCCACAGAGUCAGCCUCAUGCAGCAGAGACGGAUUCCAUGGUGGAACCACCGCCGGACUAUGAGACGGUCCAGCAGCAAAGCGCUCUCCCCGGUAGUCAUCAAUUGACCAGUUUCCUCCCUCCCCACACGAACACAAUGGGUCUCGCCGACUUCUUCUCCGACGUCAUCUCCUCCUUCGGCUUCCCCGAGGCUCAGGCUGAGGCUCCCGCCGAGUCCGUCGAGGAGACCAGCAGCCAGGAGGCUGAGUCUUCCGAGGAGAAGCCCGCUGAGGAGGCUGCUGCUUCCAGCGAAGAGUCCACCGAGGAGUCCGCCGAGGAGACCCCCGCCGAGGAGUCUUCCGAGGAGGAGGAGCCCCAGGAGGAGGAAGAGGAGGAGGAAGAAGAAGAGGAGGAAGAGGAGGAGGAGCCCGAGGACAUCAAGCCCAAGCUCGAGGAGGAGUGCGCCAAGUCCGCCCAGUGCGCCCCCUACAAGCACCACUUCGAUGAGUGCAUCGAGCGCGUAACCAAGCAGGAGGAGGAUGAGGACUACAAGGGUCCCAAGGAGGACUGCGUUGAGGAGUUCUUCCACCUCACGCACUGCGCUACCCAGUGCGCCGCCCCCAAGCUCUGGAAGCAGCUCGCCUAA